UUCCUCUAUCAACUCAUAUAUAAGUUUAUUAUGAAUAAUUCCUAAUAGGUUAUAACAGAUAAGCUUUCCACAGUAUUAUAUAAUUUCUAUUGUGGAUAAUACAUGGCCUACGUGCACAAGGGUAAUAUAAAUACGCUCAACCAUUCGAGAUUUCUAAAUCUAUUGUUUACAGAAUGUAACUUUGAACGUGCGUUUCAUCUAUUCUUCUCACCCUUUAACUUAUACAGACUACGAAAUAAAGUUAGGCUGAAUUUUUUGAAGGUCGUUAGUAGGUUGCGUUCUGUUCAGAGAGGCAUAUAAAGUGGUAUUACGUCUAAUAUGGGAGGAAUUGUAAGUUACCUAUUUAGUUUUUGGAACCAAGAAGAUACAUUGGACGAAUCAACGGGACUGCGUCUUUCGCAAAAGCGUCAUAUUGUUUCUAGUUGGUCAAUAAUUGAAAAAGAUCUAAAAGGAAAUGGUGUAGAACUAUUUAUAACCUUAUUCACAAUGUAUCCAGAAACUCAGAAUAUGUUUAAACGGCUCAAGAACAAAUCUGUAGAAGAGUUAAGGAAGAGUGCUGCAUUAAGGGCUCAUGGUCUUGAUUUUAAUCGAAUGCUUUCAGCGUUUGUCGAGAACCUAGACGAUGUUGAAUGCUUGGUUAACCUAAUACAAAAAGUUGUUCUUUCUCAUCUACCAAGAAAAAUUGGUCCAGACGAAUAUUUAGUUGUUGCGAAAGUUUUUCACGCCUUUAUGAAAAUGAAAAUUGGCUCUCUCUACACCCCAGCUGUACAAGAAUCUUGGGAUAUUGUAUUCGGAGUUAUUCAUAAGAUAUCCGUUGACGAGUUGAAGAAAUAUAAUAAGGAUCAAUAGAUUACGAAGAGAUUAAAGAAUAUUGCUUAAGAGACCAACUAGAGUGAAAUGAAUGAUGUUUUUAACAAGCUUGCCCUGUGACUCUUUUUAUUUUCCGUUUUAUUUCAAAAAUGUUAACUUAGUAAUUAACUAAUUAAUUACACUCCUAGCCAAUUGAACUAGUAGUUUACGUACACAUGCACACAUACACACUAAUAGUACACUAAUAUAUAUUAAUAACUUUGUUUAAUGUCAAUGUUUUUGUACUUUAUAUAUUGUUAUUUAUAUAUAUAACAUCAAUGCUAAUUCAUAGGUGUUUUUUUAUAGAGUAGAUUUAUUAAAUACAAUUUUAAAUAAACUCUC